AUGGCAUCCGCGCCGACGUCGCACAAUGAAGUUUCACAGGAAUUUUCUGUCAACAAACUCAUACGUGUCGGUUAUUAUGAGUUGGAAAAAACCAUCGGCAAAGGAAAUUUCGCCGUAGUUAAAAUGGCCACCCAUGUUGUAACAAAAUCUAAGGUUGCUAUAAAAAUAAUAGAUAAAACUAAAUUAAACGAAGAAAACUUAGCAAAAAUUUUUCGUGAAGUACAUAUAAUGAAAAGAUUACGACAUCCACAUAUCAUACGACUGUAUCAAGUGAUGGAAACAGAAAAAAUGAUAUAUCUAGUAACAGAAUAUGCACCUGGAGGUGAAAUAUUCGAUCAUCUUGUUCGAAAUGGUAGAAUGCCAGAACCAGAAGCACGUAGAAUUUUUCGUCAAAUUGUGCUUGCAGUUCGUUAUCUACAUCAACAGAGAGUGGUUCAUCGAGAUCUUAAGGCUGAAAACUUAUUACUUGAUGCAGACAAUAAUAUAAAACUUGCUGACUUUGGAUUUAGUAAUGAAUAUACACCUGGUGUUCCACUCAGUACAUGGUGUGGCUCACCACCAUAUGCUGCACCUGAGAUUUUUGAGGGAAAGCAUUAUGAUGGUCCAAGAGCUGAUGUAUGGAGUCUUGGUGUUGUCUUAUAUGUAUUGGUUUGUGGUGCCCUACCAUUUGAUGGAGCUACAAUGCAGUUAUUACGAUCUGUAGUUAUCUCAGGAAAAUUCAGAAUACCAUAUUUUAUGUCUGCAGAUUGUGAAAAGUUAAUUAGGCAUAUGUUGGUGGUAGAACCAGAGCGACGUUUAAGUAUUUCACAAAUCUUAGAUCAUACAUGGAUGAGUGAAGAUGGAGUAGUGGAGUUAGAACCUGGAGGAUGCAAUCUUGAUGUGAGCGUACCACCACAAUUAAAUCAAUUAGUAAUAGAAAAUAUGUUAAGAUUACCUGGACUUAGUGCAGAUACAUUAUUACAAGCCAUCAAUGGAAAUGCUUUUGAUCAUGUGUCAGCUAUAUACAACUUACUAGUUGACCGAUUGGAACCAACAAUGCCUAAUUUGCCUAGUAUUCAAAGUAUACCAGGUGAUUAUUUACCAGAUGGUGCUCAUCAAUUGGAGAAGUUUGGCGAAACUGAAGCAGAAACGGAAGAAAGAAGUAGUCUUUACUUGCCAUCUGGAACACCGUAUCAUACAACAAGAAGACACACAGUUGGACCUGGUGAUGCAGCGCAUCAGCCUCCUACAUCAUAUCCUUAUAAUCACAUGUCAGGAUAUCAAACUUUACGGCCUCUUCCUAUUCCUCAUUGCAACAUGGACCCGCAAGUUUUACCACAUACGAAUUUACCAUUGAAUCUUCCAUUAGUUCAACAUCAACCACCUCAAAAUUUCCAAAUAAAAGAUCAACAUUUAUUGAAACCACCUCCUGUAAUGGGUGUCACUGGAGGUUUUGGUAGAAGAGCUUCAGAUGGUGGGGCAAACCUUCACAUAUUUCAUCAACAACAUAGUAAUAAUACCAAUAACGAUGAAGAUAGCGGCUGGAGUCAACCUGGCAGCAGGGAACAAUUGCAAUCUUUACAGAGUGGUAGUUCAGGACUAGUACAAUGUUGUGCUCAGUCAUUAAGCGUUGGUGUCAGUAAUGCGAGUGGAGAUGGAAACAGUAACAAUAGCAGCAGUAAUAGUGGAAAUAGCGACAGAAGAAGAAGAACUGGUCUUAGCACUGUUAUGCAGCGGCCAGUUAUAAACCAAGAACUGGUAAUGGAGGUAGAAGCUAGGAUGAAUAGAGCUUAUCUACCGCCACGGCUGUUACCGACUCACCUUAGAGGACCACUUCCACACCACAGGAAAUCUUCAUUAUAUCAUACUAGUACCGUAACUAAUAGGGAUUCAUAUAAGGAGCCCAGCAGUCAUGUUGCUACUGAAAGAUACUCACCUGUUCGCCGAGCAUCAGAAGGAUCGGGUACACCUGGACCAGCUAUCCAAGCUAUUCAACAAGAAUAUCAACAAUUACAACGAUUAGCAUCUCCUUCACAUAGUCCUGCGAGUAUUCCUGGAUCUCCUGUACAUGAAAGAGGUGUAGCAGCAAUUACGCAAGGUCUUAGUGGUUUAACUACAACGCCAGUACAGGGUAGUAUUGUACAUGGUACGCCGGCACAGCCACCAGCAACACCUUUAGAUUUAAGUCCACUCAGGCAUCAUAGAUCACCUGCUACUACCCCCGUAAGUUACUCUCCCAGUAAUAGUCCAGCAUUGGAUAUGAUACAAGAAGAACAUCCUGUAGAAAUAUCAAGGGUACCGCCACAAAUCUCAGUGACAGAUGUUCUUGGAGAACAAGUAACACUAAUUAGUUGUUCACCUUCCCCAUCUCCGUCACCUGAUUCGCUUGAAGAUGCGUUACCUCAUUACAACACUCUCCCGAGUUUUAUUAUUUCAGAACCGUGUGAUCCUUCGAGACCUAGUAUCACACGUGGUAUUGGUAGACCACUUAAUACGGUUCCUACUGAGGUCGAAGUUACUUUGUCUGAUGAAUCGAGUAGAUUAAAUUCUGAAGCUAUAUUAGGUCGUGUUAAACAAAUAAUAGACGCAAGAGCACCACCAAAAGGUUUCAUAUUUUCAAGGGAAGAAGUGGAAGGCAGUGGACUUAGUUUAGAAUAUCCGGGUGGUGUACAAAUUGAACUUAGAGUAUGCGAAUCCGAAGAAAGAGAAGUUAAGGGAAUAAAAAUGCGUAGGAUUAGCGGGGACCAAUUGCAAUACAGUCAACUUUGUCAGCAGUUGAUUUCAUGUAUUACUGUUUGACGACAACCAGCAUAUAAUAUAACACUAUUUUAUAUAUUAUGUUUUACACACAUUCCUAGUGUAACAUACACCGUUCAUCACAGUAUUGCAUAUACACGCUACAUAUACGCAAACGGUAUUUUAAAAUUGUCAUCCUUCAUAUCGCAUUCAUAUGUAUAACACAUUCGAUGUACUACAUCUUUUUUAAUAUUUACUUUGAAAGAAGUAAGAUAUAACAGUCAUCUCUUGUUUAUAAC